UGGAGCAGGACCUGAUGUAAGGCCUCCGGGCUCCAACCCACUUCCUGCUGCACUUGCACUUCACCGCCUGCCAUGCCGCCGUACACCAUCGUCUACUUCCCCGUGCGAGGGCGCUGCGAGGCCAUUCGCAUGCUGCUGGCAGACCAGGGCCAGAGCUGGAAGGAGGAGGUGGUGAGCAAGGAUCUCUGGCUGCAGGGCACCCUCAAGGCCUCCUGUCUGUACGGGCAGCUCCCCAAGUUCCAGGACGGAGACCUCACCCUGUACCAGUCCAAUGCCAUCCUGCGCCACCUGGGCCGCUCGCUGGGGCUGUACGGCAAAGACCAGCGGGAGGCGGCGCUGGUGGACAUGGUGAACGACGGCGUGGAGGACCUCCGGAAGCUCUGCAGCGACCUCAUCCACCAUAACUAUGAGGAGGGCAAGGCCCAGUAUGUACAGGAGCUGCCCGGGCACCUGAAGCCUUUUGAGACCCUGCUGGCCCAGAACCAGGGCGGCCAGGCCUUCAUUGUGGGCGACCAGGUCUCCUUCGCCGACUACAACCUGCUGGACUUCCUGCUGGCCCACCAGGUGCUGGCGUCCGGCUGCCUGGACGCCCUCCCCCUGCUCUCAGCCUACGUGACCCGCCUGAGCUCCCGGCCCAAGCUCAAGGCCUUCCUGGCCUCCCCCGAGCACGUCAACCGCCCCGCCUUUGGAAGCCGCAAGACGUGAGGUCCUCUCAGCCUCCAGCCUGGGCAAAGGGCUGCCUGUGGGGGGUCAAUAAAAACAGAAAAGCUGU